CCCGGAUCGGAUGACGCUCAAUUGCUUCCGACGCAGUUCGGGAACUCGGCCCUCGAGAUCGGGUCAGAUACUUACCAAAUAUUCGAAGUGACUUCACAGCGACGGUCAUUCAACAAAGUUUAUCACGACCAGUUGCUUCCAAGCAUCGCUGGACAAACUCGCAGUGAUGGGUGUACGAGCUGGUGUUGUUGUUUGCAUAACCUCCUUCUUACUCGGUUCACUCUUUACUCAUUGGAUUGCAGACUCUCUGACUCUGUGGAAGUCACCAGUAACUGACGAGCAUUUGUGGACCGCGGCUCUUUACUACUCGAUACUGACCAAAGGUCCCGUGCAAAUCCUCUACGUACUCUUUGGCAUCAUUAUACUUGGCGGAACAACCAUCUUUUGGAGUUUCAACGAUUUGGAAGCGGGCAACUUGAUGUUUGACGGAGGGAGCAUAUUCCUCUACGGCGUUGCUGUCAUCAUGUAUGCGUACUCUGUCAUUCCCAAUCUCAUGGAUCAGUUCACGACAAUCCCGCCCUACCAUAUGAAGGACGCGUUUCCACGUUUGCUAAGAACACCUACUCUUGAUCUCGCGUCAAACCACCUCGUUUGCAGCGUAGCGCUGACAGGUGUCCUGAUACUUCAGGCUGGUCGGUGGUGGGCUGAACUAUCCGACGGUGAUGACGACGAAGAAUAUUUCUCUGAAAAAGUUGAAGACAGUAACGCUGUUGAGGACACAAAGUCAAUGACUCCCCUCGUAACAACCGCAUGAUGAAAGCCACCUUUCCGCACAUUAUCUUCAUGCAAGACUGCUUCCCAGUUAUCCACACCUCUAGCACUCGUGCGUGCUCAAGUUUCAAUUCACUGUUGGAUGGUCUGGCCCCAUCUAAUACCCUUCACGAUCAUCG